CGUCGAAGAUUAAUGGCAGAAAAAUGAAAACUUUGGCAGAGGGAAGGUAGGCACUAGGCAAACGGAAAAACCCAUUUCCCUGUUAAAGCUGAAGCUCCGAUUUCUUCAUUUUCUUCAUCAAAUCGCGAACAAAACAAAUCUGAUCUGAAAACCCUAACCCUAGCGAUUUCCCAACAGGUUUGUAAGGAAGAGGAGCAAUAGAGGGAGGAGGGUGGAUUUGAUUUCUCAGUCGGAGGGAGAAACAGAGUGAAAUUACAAGAGGGGAAUGUGGAUUUCACAGUUUUCCGAUCUUUUUACUGUGUUUUUUGGAAUCCCAGAUCUUUGUUUUGGGGAUCGUCCACGAUAAACAGCUCUUGCCGGAGAAACGAAGAUCUAAGCUUGACCCAAUUUCCCAAAACCUAAUUGUGGAAUCGACGGUUACCCAUAUGCCCCACCCGGCUGAAGAAUCAUCAUCACAGCGCUUCAAUUCCCAUCGCCAGAGGGUGAAAAGAACUAGAAAAGGAGGAUCAGUGUCAUGGGAGCAGAGAAGAAAUGGCUCUUCACUCUCUUCUCCGCUGUUUUCCUUUCCCUUCUCCUCCUCUUAUUCUCUUCCAUCUCCGCCUUCAGUUCUCCGCGAUCCAUACCCUCUGUAGUCCACCACGGAGCUCCGUAUCCUCCGGCGUUCGCCUACUACAUUACUGGCGGCCGCGGCGAUAAGGACCGAAUCUUCAGGCUGUUGCUCGCCGUGUACCACCCAAGAAACCGGUAUCUUCUCCAUCUCGCGGCGGAUGCUUCCAAUGACGAGCGGCUGCAGCUGGCCGUGGCGGUGAAGUCGGUGCCGGCGAUUCGUGCCUUCGAGAAUGUUGAUGUUGUUGGAAAGCCCGAUCGAAUCAGCUACAUGGGGUCGUCUAAUAUUGCCACGAUUCUUCAUGCUGCGGCGAUUCUUCUCAGAAUUGAGAGUGGUUGGGAUUGGUUUAUUACUUUGAGUGCCUCGGAUUACCCGCUUAUCAGUCAGGAUGAUCUGUCGCACGUCUUUUCCUCUGUCAGAAGAGAUCUAAAUUUUCUUGAUCACACAAGCAACCUCGGGUGGAAAGAAUCUCAAAGGGUCCGGCCAAUUGUAGUUGAUCCAGGGUUAUACUUGGCCAGGAGGACUCAAAUAUUUCAUGCCACUGAGAAGCGGCCGACACCCGAUGCUUUCAAGAUAUUUACAGGUUCCCCUUGGGUCAUCCUGAGUCGAUCGUUUCUUGAAUUCUGUGUUCUCGGUUGGGAUAACCUUCCCCGGACGCUUCUUAUGUAUUUUAACAACAUCAUCUUGUCGCAAGAAGGAUACUUUCACACUGUCAUAUGCAAUUCAAAUGAGUUCAAGAACAAAACUGUUAAUAGUGAUCUAAGAUUUAUGAUCUGGGACAACCCUCCAAAGAUGGAACCCCUUUUCCUCAACAUAUCGAAUUUCGAUCUCAUGGCUGAAAGCGGUGCUGCAUUUGCUCGAAAGGUCCGUAAAGAUGACUCUGUGUUGGACAUGGUUGAUGAGAAACUCUUGAAGCGGGGACGCAAUCGACUUCUUCCUGGAGCAUGGUGCUCAGGUCGGAAGAGCUGGUGGCUGGAUCCCUGCUCCCAAUGGAGCGAUGUCAACAUCGUGAAGCCUGGAUCUCAAGCUAAGAAGUUUGAAGAGUCCAUGAAGAACCUUAUCGAUGACUGGAACGGACAAUCAAACCAAUGCCAAUGAAAGGCGACGCAAAUCAGGAAAGGUCUGACCCGAGGCUUGAUGCACUUGCAAGUAAGGUUCAUCAUUUUGAGAAAGCCUGCGAGGUAAAUCGAUACGUCGUUUCGUUACACGGAUGAUAAUAUUUGAUUUUUGGGGGGGUUUAGUUAAUGUUCAUAACAGGUUAGAGAUGAUGAGGAAACAAGAGGCAUAUUGUUGAGGUUUUGGAAUAUAAUGUAGUUUCAUGGAGGCUAGUAUUUAUUUUUAGAGCCUCACACUCACAAUUUAUUCAAACAAUAGGAGCAUUUUCCCUACUUGUUGCGUUUUCUACCAUUUGCAGCUUGACUCUGAAUUGCUUUAUCAAGGACUGGAGUCAUAAUUCAUUCUUCAACUCCGGAUUAUUUC